AUGCUCGUCGUCGGUCUGACAGGAGGCAUCGCCUCUGGCAAGUCCACCGCCAGCUACCUCAUCUCCAACCACCCAGCGGGCAUUCCCAUCAUCGACCUCGACCUACUUGCGCGCGAGGUGGUGGAGCCCGGUCAGCCUGCCCUUGCGGCGCUGCGUUCCGCGUUUGGUGCGACCGUCAUCAACGAAUCUGACGGCACUCUCAACCGCGCAGAACUCGGGAGACUCGCAUUCGCAACACCUGAAAAGACCAAGGUGCUCAACAAGAUCACCCACGGCGCCAUUCGUCGUCGCAUGGUCUGGAAGCUCAUCGGCUACUGGGUGCGAGGCUACAAGGUCGUCGUCGUCGAUACGCCGCUGCUCGUCGAAGCCGGACUAUGGAAGUUCUGUGGCGAGCUCGUGCUCGUCUACUGCCGUCGCCAAGAUCAACUCACCCGCAUGCUUGCGCGCGACGGCCGGUCCAAGGGCCUCACCGAGGCUGACGCCAAGCAAAGGCUCGAAGCGCAGCUCCCGCUCGACGACAAGCUCGUAUAUGCAGACACCAUCCUUGACAACUCGGCAGAUCUAGGCGAUAGGCUGGACGACCACAACGAGCUACAGGCGCCAGAAUGGACAAAGGGUCUCCAGAAGCAGACGCCGCUUGCCCUUCGUAUUCAGGUCGACAGGAUGGUCGCCAGGUGGGUCGACAGCUACAGCGGACUCGGCAGCCUCAGAUGGCUCCUGCAGUGGCUGAUGCCACCAAUCGGCCUCCUUGCAGGUGCAUGGAGAGCCUGGGGUCGCACAGCCACCGUCAAGUCGCGGCUCGCUUCCGGUCACAAACCCAACCUUCCAAGCAGCAAGUUGUAG